AUGGGCAUCUUCACUUGUGGUUUCUACGACCUCUAUGCUGAUUUGAUGACGAUCCUCCCUGCUAAACACGUCAUCCUGUUCUACCUAACAUCCAAGGAGAUCAUGCGAUGUAUCGACAAUAAUGCCAGGUGCUCUGAUAUCAUCAAAUCUCGAGUAAACCAGGCUAGGAGAUCAUAUCGCAAGAUUCUUGGUAAAGCUGGAUUCGAAUUCAAGAAACUUAAACUGAUGAAUACACCCCCCCUCUCGGACAUGCAACUCUUGUCCUUGUAUACCUUUCGGAUGUGUACAAUGUGUUGGAGCCAUCCCCUCAACAAGUCAGCGCGGCCUGUGAUCGUGGGAUUCGGACAAAGGCUAUGUUUAUCAUGUUGUACAUGUUUCACACUCGAACAAUCUGUCGUCAAAGAUGUGUACAAGCUAAGCCUCGAAGACUGUGUACACCUCCCGCACUUGAUCGUGGUGUGGGAAGAUCAGCGGAGUGAAAGUCGUGUAUUUCUGAAGAGCGACAUCGAAGAGAUUGCAGGACAGCAUCUCAGUGCUGAUGAGGUUACGAUGAAGCUUCGCCAAGCUCACUAUGAAUGCAUCAUCAACAAAUUCACCACUCUUUGCUUUGCCAGGCUUCAAUCCAGAAUCGAAAAUUUUCAGGCAAUCUUUGAACAACUCCAACUGUACCAAUCGACAAGGCAGAACCAACGUGCAUCAAGGCGUUGA